AUGGUGCCUCGACCUACCCUUCUGCUCCUGGCCCUGGCGGCUUCCGCCAUCGGAGCACCCGCUACUCAGAACGACAAUGCCGUUGACAUGAAGGUGCCCGAGCAGACCCCUGAGCAGAUGGCCAACUCGGACCAGGGCCACGUCGUCGUCAAUGUUUUUGGCAACUUUGAGGUUGAGCCUAUGUGCCGUGCGAAUGGCAGGAAGUGUAGAUUGAACGCUAGCUGCUGCUCCGGCUACUGUUCCUGGCACCAGGGCUACAAGUGUGCUGAUCGAUCGGCCGCUCUCGAAGAAGAGGAAGGUCCUCUUCCAGAGAAGGGCCCUGAUAUUGAGCCUAUGUGCCGUCCAAAUAACACCAGUAAGUAG